AUGAUAAUAAUAUCUAUCUUAUCUCUUUUACUCUCUAAUGCCGUUAAUUUAAGACGUGACAUAUCUAUUUUAUUUAAUAGAAUAGCUAUAAUUAUUUUAAUUUAUUGUAUUUUAAAUGAUCUAUCCUCUUUAACUGUAAUUACUAAAGGUGUAGGUAUACAUGGAGGUUUAUUAUUAGUUACAAACAUUACACAAAUAUUUCAUAUAUUUAUAUUUUUAAUUAGUAUAUUAAUAUUGACUUUAACUAGUUUCUAUCCUAGAAAGGUUUGAGUAUCUGAAUAUUCAUCUCUGAAAAAUUUGUUAUUAUACAAAUUUGUUUAUUAUAACACAAAAAUAAUUAAUAAAAUGGGAGAACAUCUAAAAAUAAUAGAAUACCCUUUAAUAUUAUUAUUUGUAAUAACAGGAUCAAUAUUCUUGAUGUCUACUAAUGAUUUAGUUUCUAUAUUUUUAGCUAUAGAAUUGCAAAGUUACGGAUUAUAUAUAUUAAGUACUAUAUAUAGAAAUUCUGAAUUAUCCACUACAGGGGGUUUAAUAUACUUUUUAUUAGGUGGAUUAAGUUCUUGCUUUAUAUUAUUAGGGACAGGUUUAUUAUACGCUAAUUCAGGUAGUACUAGUCUAGAUAGUUUAUACAUUAUAACUAGUAUAAGUGAUAUAAGCUAUACAGAUUUAUGAUAUAAACCUUACUAUAUUAAUCUUUCUUUAGUUAUAUUUACUAUAGGAUUUUUAUUUAAAGUAAGUGCUGCACCAUUUCAUUUUUGAUCACCUGACGUAUAUGACGCUAUACCUACCAUAGUUACAACUUUUGUAGCUUUAAUAGCUAAAAUUUCUAUAUUUAUUUUAUUAUUACAGUUAGUUUAUUAUACAGGGUCUGGGUCUGAUAGCAAUGAAAUGAGUUGAACUUUCAUAUUAUUAAUGAGUUCUUUAUUCUCCUUAAUAAUAGGUACAGUAGUAGGUUUAACUCAAUUUAGAAUAAAAAGAUUAUUUGCAUAUAGUACGAUAUCUCAUGUAGGUUUUAUAUUAUUAGCUUUAAGUAUAUCUAGUAUUGAGUCAACUCAAGCAUUUAUAUUCUAUUUAACACAAUAUACAAUUAGUAAUUUAAAUGCCUUUUUUAUAUUAGUAGCUAUAGGUUUCUCUCUAUAUUGCUAUACUAGUGAAAAUAAAGAACAUGAAGAAUUAAUGGAUAAAACUAAUUCUCCAAUACAAUUAGUAAAUCAAUUGAAAGGUUAUUUUUAUAUAAAUCCUGUAUUAGCUUUAAGUUUAGCUAUAACUAUAUUUUCAUUUGUAGGUGUACCUCCUUUAAUAGGAUUCUUUGGUAAACAAAUGGUAUUAAGUGCAGCUAUAGAUAAAGGUUUAAUAUUAUUAUCUUUCAUCGCUAUAUUAACUAGUGUUAUAGGAGCUGUAUACUAUUUAAGUAUAGUAAAAGAAAUGUUUUUCAGCUUACCUGACUAUAAAAUUAAUACUUUAUUAGAAAAUUUAGUAUUAAAAGGUACUGUAUUAAGAAGAGGCGGGACAAGCCCCUAUCCUUUAGGAGAUCAGGUGAAGCACUCCCUAUCCCCAAAUAAAACAAUUAUUCAUAAUUUAAGCUUUAAAUAUAAUAAUAUAGCUAUAUCGAGUCCUAUAUCUUUUGUUAUAUCCUGUAUAACAUUACAAAUUUUAUUAUUUUUAUUUAUUAAUAAAGAAUGGCUAAGCAUGGGUAAACAAAAAUUAAUGCUAUUCUUUAUUAAAUUCCAUUUAAUAUACAAUUUUGCGACUACUUAUUUUACUAUAUUUAUUAAGAAUUAUACAACAAAGAUUAAAGAUCAACAGCACACAAAUAAGGUAAUAAAUCCUUGAUUUAUUAGAGGAUUUACUGCGAAGCCAUGCUGAGGGUUCUUUUAA